UUGGUUUAGGUAGAGCAUUUCGACUAGGUGCAUUCCCUUUGUUUACACGUGUUUUGUUAUUAAACAAACGGGCAGAAAUUAAUGUAAAGAUUGUGAAAUGAAAAAUAACUGGAAGAGGUACGGCAAUGAACACCAUGGAUAUAAGCCAGAUUUCUGAAUUGGCUGCCAUCAUGGACACCUGGGCGCCUGCCAGCGGGUCCCAGAUCAUCACAAACUCUCAGCCUCUUGGCGUUCAGUCUCAAGAGUCGAUAAACAAGGCCUUAGUUAAUGUAAUUAAACAAGAAGAUGUUUCUGUAUCUAGUGAAUACAAUUUUCCGGGUGUUCCUUUAUCUACUACUUUACAAGGCUAUAUACCUGGUCAUGUUGUAAAUCCAACUUCUCCUGAACAAGUUCCAAUGGAUGACUUUGAUCCUUUAGAAUCAUUUACGUUUUGGGAUGGUGAGAACUUUUAUUGUCACCAGGAUUUUGAAGCAUGUGCUGCUAAUGCAUGUGAAAUGCAGACAGACAGUACUAUGCCUCCUUUGCCCGAAUACAUAGGUGAAGACGAUAUUACCCGAGAUGACGUAUAUCAAAUCAAAGAUCCAGAAUUUUUACAUAAUCCUACUCUAGCAGAGUUGAAUUCGUGUGGCGAGAAUCUCUUUGAUUAUUCUACUGAACAUAACUUUUUAACAGAAGACAGUUCUUUUCCUUUGAUGGCUGAUGGAUUGUCUAAGACUUUUCCACCUUCAGAUAGUCAUUUCAUCGCAUCGCCUGUGAGCAGCAAUAUUGCAAAUCAUAGUUCCUUUGUGAGUGGUAUGAAUUAUGCACCAAGCGGAUUUAUUGAUGUAAAGCCGAAUAUUCAGCAUUCUUUAUCGUCUAGCUGUCCUAUUCCAUCCAGAUUGAUGCCAAAUUCUCAGUACUUCGGCGCUGGUGAAGAAAAAUUUCUAAUGUGUCCCCAGAACAGUCCAGCUUCUGAUUCCUUCUACAUGCAGAAGUUGGAACCUAUCGAGAGCAAAAGUCAGCUGUCCAUAAAUUCUUGUUCUGUUACACCUCCUAUACAUGCAACGCCAAGUAGAUUGCAAGAAAGUAGUAACCUUUUAUCGUCUUCAGCGCCCCCUGAUGUCACAAUGUCAUCAUUUUUCAAUGUCAAAGUUAAAGUUGAGCCUCCAUCCCAUUCACCUGGCCCGAAGAGCACCGAGAAAUCACUUAGCGGUUUUUCUUCGCUCUCAUUGUCAAACGAUGAUGAAAGUGGAAGCUUCUUCGAUGAUGACACAGACCAUGAUGAUGAAGACGAUUUUUCAUCAGAUGAAGAUGUAUACCAAUACGAAAGUGAUGAAGUUCUUUCAACAAGUUGGCCAUCUAGCAAAGAAGAAAAAUCUUGCCAGCAUAGAAAACAUCGUUAUUUCUGGCAGUACAAUUUACAAUCUCGUGGAGCUAAAAUGCAGAACAUUCUUGUGCGCAAGGACUCUAAUGAUCCCUAUGUUUUGAAUGAUGCUUUUGAUCCAGUCUUUUCUGAAGAAUGUGCUCUUCCUGUAAAACAUUCUGGGAAAGCUAGAAGAGGGGAUGGCAAUGAUUUGACACCAAAUCCUUGCAAACUGUUUAAUAUUGGUGUUGAGCUGAAGAAGCUGAACAAACUUAUUUAUAACACACAUCCGAAUGAAUUUGGAUCACAAGGAAAACCUUUAUCAAGAAAAGAAAAGAAUAAGCUUGCAUCUAGGGUUUGCAGGCUGAAGAAAAAGGCUCAACAUGAAGCAAAUAAGAUAAAACUGUAUGGACUUCAACAAGAACAUAAAAAGUUGCUUGCUAUUUUGAUGGACACAAGAGAACUCCUGAGAUAUAAAAUUGAGAAUCCUCAUGACAGAAAGCUUUCAAACUGUUCUAAAAAACUUGAAAGUUUUUUAGCUGCUAAUGAACCUCACAAAGUAGCUGGAAACACUGCUGCUUUCGUAAAUGAAGUAUUGGAUAAAGUUGCCAAAGGGGAAUGUGAUGGUGGUCUUGGACAGCUGUAAAAAGCUUUGAACUUUGUAUGAUAAUAUGGAACUAAUCAUGUUUAAAGUAACUAUGCAUUCUGUUCACAUUUGAGUUGUGCCUUUCGUUAUUUAUUUGUUUGGCAAUGAAGUCUACAAAAGGUAUACCUUUUUCUAUGUCAGUAUAGGAAUUCAUUUUAUAGUGUGAAAAUAAGUUAAAUUUCAAGUGCUUGGAUAUAUCUCAGGUUGUUGGUUAGUCUCAUAGAUAAUUUCAUUUGAAGUAAAAUGUACAUAAUUAUACUAUGUAUGGUUUUUAGGCUGUUGAAAGAUUGAUUCUAGAGUUCAUGUUAAAUAUAUCAUAUUUGUUUCAAAUUAUUUGUUUCUAAAUAUAAUUAAUGCUUUGGAUUUAAUAAGCUUUGGCUGACAUUUUUCUCAGCAGAUCUGUGAUGAAAUUUUUUAUUUUAAUGGAAAGAUAUAUAAACAUGUUUAAUGUGAAAGAUUUGUCAAAUUAUUUAAUGUAAAAUUUAUUAUUAUUUUUUAUAUAGUAUAUUGUGAAAAUUUCAGUUGAUUCAGCCUGCAAAUUUACUUUCUUUGUACAGAAUUAUGUAUAUUGUAAUCUAUCUUUACAUACAGUGGUCCUGUGGUUAACUAUAUUAAAUUUUAAAUCUGAAUAACUUAGCAUGAUUCCCAUCUUGAAGGAUAUGAAGUUAAGAUUUUAUUCAUUCCAUUAUGAAAAAAUUAAUAUUUAAGUGUUAUGAAAUGGAAAUUUAAGGCAUGGUUAUGCAGAUCUUAAAAUUAGAAAUUAUGCAGAAAUUUCUAAUAAGUAACAUUUCAAUUAAAUAGUUUUAAAAUUACAUAGUUAUAACAUCAUUCAACAUAGCUGUGAAUCGUUGGAUCUUUCUGGUUUCCACCUCUAAAAUGCAUUUUUACACACACACACACAUAUAUAUAUAUAUACGUAAUUGUGCAAGUAGUAAUAAAAUUAAUUUGAUAUUAGAUUUUUAUUGAUCCAUUAAAUGUACUUAAUGUAAAGUUUUUUGUGGCAAAGUAAACAACUGACAUAUAACCCCAAUUUUGUUUAAAACUUUAUUUAUGAGAUCUUAUCCUUUUAGCAAAAUGCCAAAAUUGUGAGAUUAAUGAAGUUUUUUUUGUGUUCAACAUAUGUAUAGUAGGAUUGAAACUUGGUUAAUAUAAGUACUCAAAACUCCUAGUCAUCUACAUUAUUGUUAGAUAUGACUGAAACAUAUAACCAUUGAACAGUUCAAUUUUCUCCUAUUUUAAAGUGAUUUUUUUUUUUUUUUUUUUUUUUUUUUUUUUUGAUAGAUUGAGGCUAUAUUUUUAAGGAAUUUGUUUUUCAACCUUGCUAAAUUUUUUAUAAUAAAAAAUUGACAGUUACUGUGAAAAGCCUUUGAAAUUUGACUUUUGAAUAAACAACAUACUGAUAUGAUGGUGGUAAUAUAAAAGUUAUAUUGUUAAUAAUGUAAAUUUUUUUAAAUAUCUUUUACAUUACUAUUAAAUUUCAAAUUCAGUUUCUUUUAGAAAUUUCCUGUAUUAUUAAUUAUUAACUUGUUAUACAGGGGUUAGUAUUAUAGUUUGUAUUAUUAUUCUUUCGUAAUAUAUCACUUCCGUUUUAGUACAUUUGAGUUAGUACUACAGUUACUGUAAUGUAAUUAAUCAUUAUAAAUAGUAGUUUUUGUUAAAAAGUCUACUUCAUAUCCACUAGCAAGGAGCAAUCUGCUGAAGUUUAGGUACUUAUCUAGCCAAAGCACAUUUCUUAAAUCUUGAAUGAAAAUUUCAAGUUAAUGUCAUUUUAUAGCAAUAUGUGCUUGGUUAUUAUGUUUAAAGAAAAUUACCAAAGAACAGUCAGUUUUUUUCAUUGCAUUCAGUUAUGAAGAAAGCACAUUAUUUUGAUGAAAUACAGACUUAUGUAGAAUUAAGUAUUAUUAACAUGAGUUUUCAAUAAUCUUUCAAUGGUAGCUUUUAAAAACUUGGCCAUUAAUUUAAGUUCACCAUAAAACCUAUGUUUAUUUUUUUUUAACAUAUGUCUUCAAUAUCGAGUCUAUGCCUUUUUUCUUUAUCUUUGCUUAAAAAGAAUGAAAUUUAAGCAAAUUGAAUUUGAUGAUUGCACAUAAAUUUACCUAGCAGAUUGUUCAGAGGAAAAAUAUGUUAUCCUUAAUGAAUCUGAUCUUUCAUAAUCUUUUUAGGGCUUGUGCUAUAUUUGGGAUAUUAUAUCUUAGAUACAGAAAAUACUGUAUAUGCGAAAUUUCUUCACUAUGUAUCAUUUAAAUAUACAUGCUGUGUAAUUUUUAUUCCUGAGGUAAAAAAUAAGUAGCACUAAUAAAAAAAAAUCAGUUAAAAAAAAAAAAAGGACAUUUUAAGGAACUUUUUGAUAUAACAAGUAAUCAAAUAAUCUGGAAACUUAAGUAAGUACUACCUUUGCAGUUGCGAUUUUACAAAAAACUUCAAUAAAUUUUGUCAAAAUGCAUUAGUUAUAAAAAGUAAUGUUUCAUGGUUAAUAGGUAAGUUGAUAAUAAGCAAGAAAUGUAUAAAAAAAUAUUUUUACUUAAGCAAAACUGCCUGUAAUAUGCCUUCAAAUAUAAUUUUUUGUGUCAUAACUGUCGUAAUUUAUUUUAGAAUUUUCAAUCGAAUCCCAGUUUAACGAUUGUCAAGGGAUUAUUGAAAAUUAUUGGUGAAUUGAGGAAUCAUCAUAAUUACAUGCUAAUACUUAUGUUUUGAAGUACACAUCUAGCAAAAAUAGUGCUUACCAAACCAAAGAAAACUGUGGUUAGGUCGAGGAUAUCAUUAAAUUGGAUUUUGCUAAAGCCUGUCUGAUGAUUCCAAAGACCUUAAAUGUGUAAUCAAAAUUUCUUUUGUGUAGGACUUCUAGAAUUUUAUGUAAAUAAAUAGGAUAUUUCUAGAUGUAGUUAUAAAUCAAAGUAGAGGCUAUUGGAAUAAUUAAGUUAAUAGAUAUAACUUACUAAUUUGACAUUAUUCCUGAAUAAAUACUAACUGCAGGACCACUGCUUUUUAUUAUAUAUUUCAUCGCACGGGUCAAAUGAGCAAAUGCCAUAACUAAGUUUGCUUAUUAUUUGUUGAAUAUUUGUAUAACAUUUAUUGAAUAUUUGCUAUUACCAAAUAAUUUGAAGUAUAUAUAAUGUGUGUUUGUUUAACUUGCAAAAAUCAAAAUAAUUUUGAGUUCAAUAAGUUGAUUUGAUUUAUGCAAAUAAAGUUCUUUAAAAUUUAUUAGUUUUUAUUUUGCAUAAGGUAUAACUAUGAAGAUUGUAGUUGAUAAAUUGCUUUUUAAGAUCUUAUAUAAAUUACUUCUUAUGGUUUUAUAUUGUAUUAAUUGAUAAAAUUCAUAUAAGUUGUUUCAUUUAUUCAUGUGUAGAUUUUUUAAUAUGUUUAAAAUGGGAGAAAAAUAUUAUAAUUAAUGUGUUAAAUCAAUUUUGUUUUUUAAUGUUGUUUAUUUUGUAUUUUGUGAAGGUAAUUUUUCCUUUAUAGCACAGAAUAUGUUUUAAUGCAACUUGCAUACUUUGAAAGAGAAAACAAUGCCUUACAUAAGAAACUAUUUUGCAAUAUUAGUAUGAGUAUUUUGCAAUGUUAGUAAAAAUUUAUUAUGCUUAUUAACACUAGCUUUCUGGACAUUUUUUAUAUACCCUGUAUUUAUGGACACCCGUCACUCUGAAGAGUUAUAGGAAACCAUAUAUUUUCUCUAAAAAUGAUUAAUUUAAUUUUAAAAUGCAGUCUUAAUACUAGAAGUAUCAGUAACCAUCAGUUUGAACGAAUUUGUAGUUGUUUUUAUGAGAAAAGAAAGUUAAAAUCGGCAGACAGAGUAAAAAAAAAGUUAUGGUAGCUUUAGUGUCAACACACUUACAGAGCAAUCUUAAUUGAUACUAAUUAUUUUCUCUAGCUAAUCACUAUCUCUUCUUGAAUUAUUCAUGAUGGCUAAAGAAGUAUAUUUCAUCAGAAUAAAGUAAACUAGUACUUUCCUCUAAUUCUCUAAUGACAUUGCUAAUACUCAUAAUAAUCUAAUACUUUUCCCUCGAUCAUGUCUACUUACACUAACUAAAACUUCAUCUAAACAGACUGACUGGAACUGAAUGACUGCAGAUCAUUCCUUAAUCUUGAGCCCAACACUUUUAUGUGUAUGCUUUAGGCAAUCAAGAUUGACAAGCACAUGUAACGUAUCCCUUUUUCUGGCGAACUGCGGUGCAUUGAUAUUGGAUUUUAAGUUAUCAAAAGAUAUUUCCAUUGAAUUAUGAUUUUUAUUUAGUAUCUAUAUUCUAACUACUUUACAUUUGUCACAAAAAAAAUCUCAUGAAAAAACCGGUUUAUUAUGAUUAAUUAUGAAACUAGCUUCGUCAUCAUUUUGACAGUUAUCCAUAGAGACAGGUGUACUUCAUCCCGAACUCUCAAAUUUAAGGGCUGAAGAGGAAAUAAAUUUGGUAUUUAUUCAUCUCAUUACAUCUUAAUUGUCAGCAUAAAUUAAAAAACUAAAAAAAUAAUGGUUCUUGUAAUUUUGCUUGUGAAGUUUGAAAUCUGCCUAGUGAGGGUUCCAGUAAACCUAGUGUUAAUAGAAGCAUACUUUGAAGAUACAACUAUGCCUUAUAUUUAAAAAAAAAAAAAAAAAAAAAAAAAUGCUAUUUUGCAAUAUUAGUAUGAAAAACUGUAUUUAAGGUGAAAAUGUGCAUACAUUUUCUUAUAAAUAAUGAUAUAUGUAUAUUUUUAGAACAUUUUAAUGUGCCUUAUAGAAUGCCUAAUUAGAUGCAUCUCUUUGUAAAAUAUGUCGUAGUUUUAAAAUGUUAUCUCAUAUAAUAGGAUAAAGAAAUCUGAAAAUGGCCGAAGCAUAUAUGUAUGUAUAAAAAAGGUUACUUAAGGAAUUUAGUAGGUUACAGAUUCAUUUUAUGUAAAUGCUUGAUUGUAGAUAUAGUCCUCCUUUGUCUGGAAGUAUUUUUGGUUUCUAGCCGCACCGAGAAGGAAAUACUAGAGUCUCUUAAUAUAUAACCAUUUGUAUAUUCGCAUGAGCCAUGUAAGUAUUUAAUAUUAUGCAAAGUAUUUGCUCAAAUUAAUGGAAGUAAAUUUCUGGAUUGUUGUUGAAGCUUCAGGAUUUUGAAGCUAAUAUGAAUAUCACAAAAGUUAUGCUACAUUUGUAUGCAAGGGAUGUUCUCUGGCCUUGAAAAUUGCCUGCUGCAUUGACAUACAAAACUAAAGCUAAUAAACGCUUAUCAUAACUUUUGAAGUUAAGAGAGGAAAAUUAUUUUGCUUGGGAUUAUUCAUGUUUAUGUCUUUCAUAAAGUACAUUUCUAUAACUAUGGGAGUUGUUACAAAAGUUUGCAUUAAUUUGUUGCUGUUUGAGAUCAUUUAAUUUUUGUAGUUACCAAAAAUUAGUCAAAGAUCAGCUCUUUUAGUCGAUAUGAUUUUUUAAAUAUUUGAACAAAUAAGCAAAUAAAUUAGUUAUCAGUGCAAUAGUAUUGCUCAUUAGUCACACAAUAAAUAGAUUUUAUUAAAUAGAUUAAAGUAAUUUAUUUAAUGCAUUACUUUAAUCAAGUAACUUAAAAUUAGUUAUUAAAGCAACCUUAAAUUGGUGCACAUUUUGAAUAAAACUAUUUAAAUAUAAAAUUUUUAAGAGCAUUAUUCAAAAUUGAAGUCAAUCUAAGAUUUAUAUAUUAAUUAAUAGUUUUACAUAUGUGUGUUCCUCUUGAAAUUAUACUUAAUAUUGGUUUAAUAUAGCCGUAAAUGUUGAGUUUCAUGUUAUUUAUUGUAUUGCGGAAAACCUAAUAGGAGUCAGAUUUAGAAUAUUAAAAUAAAUAAAUAAAUAAAUAAAAUUUAAAAGUAUGAAUAUUAACUGUUCCAAGGCAGUUUUCAUUUUUUUAAAAUUUCCACUUUUCAUUAAAUAAGUAUUUUUAUAAAGUCAUUAAUCAAAACAAAUUGUGCAAUUAUAUUAGUUUAAUAUGUAUAAAUUUUUGAAGCUUUUGUAUAGAUAUAUAACGUAAAACCUGAAUUUUGAGUCAAAUUAUCUUGCAUAACUUUUUUAUAAUAUAAGUAUAAUGUAAAAAGUUUCCAAGGUGUAAUAUAUAUAUAUAUAUAUAUCUUUCUAGUGUUUAAGAAAAUUCAAAAUGUAACUCAGAAGUAUCGAUGAAAGUAACGAAAUAUAACAGUAAUUCAACAUAGGAGACUAAGGACUAUUAUUAUUAUUAUUAUUGAGCUUUUUAAUUUUAUUAUGAUUGCUGUCAGUUGUAAGAAAUAUUGAAUCUUUAAACAAAUCAUAUUAAAAUACUCAAAGGUAUAUUUGGCAUUUUUAUAAUUAAGCUUUGCUUUCCAUUUCUUUUAUCCCUUUCAGUCUUUUCUUUUCUUUAUAUAUAAGUAUAUAUAUCAGGAAGGAAUCUGUAGAAAAGCAUGAUACCAAAAUCUGUAGAAUUUCAGAUUAUCAAAUAUAUGAAAAAUUUUUGUAAUUUUUUAAUGUGUUGAUGCUUUAAUGCAUUUUAUGACUUUGUAGGUGAAAUGAAAUUGAAUGUUUCAGGCCAGUAGAACAUCCAUUAGAUAUGUAAUGUUAUGGGGAAAAUGGUUCACUAAUUAAUUUAACUUCCCUGAAGCUGUUUUGGGGAAAGGGGAUGGUUAUCUGUUCAAAUCUCAGUUAACACUCUGUUUGAUAUGUAUUCAUUAUCUAUAUUGCUAUCAAAACCAUAAAUUGUUGGAGAACUUUUCUGAAAAAGGCCUUUCAAGAUAAAAAAAAAAAAAUUCUUUUUGAUUUGUCGUAAUUUAUUAUUGGUGUAGAAAUUGCACCAACAUUCAUUUUUAGCUGCUCUCUGUUGUAUUUCUAGUUAUAUAUAUAUCUAUAUCAUUUUAUUUUCUCUGAUAUAUUUUCUAUAAAUAAUAAUAAUAAUUAAAGAAAGAUGGCUUGUUCUGAAGCUUUAUGGUAUGUAAAUUUAUUUUACAGAAUAUAAAAGCUGCAGAUCAAAUUUUUAAUAUUCAGUUAUACAAAGUACCUGACUUGAUGGCUUUAAAGUGUAUUAUAAUUAGGGUUUUGUGAAGAUCUUUUUGAUGUAAGCAUCUUUUAACAUUUUAUAUUAUUUGUUAUAUAUAUAUAUAUUCUUUUAUUAUUUAUAUAUACGGGUAAAAGAAAAAUUGUUGUGUUUUAUUUGUUAUCUAGAUAUUUUUUUAUCUAGAAAUUUUCGAUUUGGGAUCCUAAAACCCUGAUUAUAAUAAUCAUGCUCUGAGUGAUAUUGAUUGUAAUAGUCAUAUUGUGAGUGAUUUUUCCCAUUGUUUCUUUCUUUUGUGAUUGUUUCUGUUUUAUUUUUGAGAAUGAAAUUUUGUUAAAAUAUAAAAGAUAUAUAAAAAGACAAAUUGUAAAUAGUUGCACUGAAUAUUGAUCAAAAUCUGUAUGUACAUAUUCCAUUGCUGAUAUCACAUAUUUUUAAAAAUUAAUUUCAAGAGACUUCUAGUUUGAAUUUGUUUUUGUACAGUAUCAAGUAUAUGUAAUCAUAUAAAUAUGUAAGAUCUGUUGAUGUCAGAGGAUGUAAAGUAUGUUAUCAUAAAUAUUACUGAAAAAUAAAGGACGAAUUAUUUCUUGUA